AUGGCCCAAACUCUCCGCGCGCCACCAAGCAGCUUCCAGCCCGCUGAGCCUUCGCUGGGUCGAAGGCAAAAAAGGCAACUUAAUCCUAUUUUAGAGGAGGACAGCGAUGAUGGUCACAUUGAUAUGCCCUGCCAAAACCCGCAAGUCAAGGCGCACGCCUGGUUCUCACCAAUGAGCGACCACUUUCCGACUCCUCGUGGCGUCAAUUUUCUCUCUGCUCCGAUUCUUCCAUCAUCUCCUUCCACCAUUUCUGCCGACAGCUCGCCGUUGACGUCUUCGAACCCGUGGAAUCGUGUUAGUGUCGCGACAGAUAAUACCGAGUUCGAGGACAUUUACGACGUGUCGGAUGAUGAAGAUGACCUACCCCGCGGCUUGCGCAGAAGCAUGUCUCUUAAGAAGAGCCAGCAGUCGCCCGAGCAGUCCUCGAAAUUCCCGGGCCGCCUCGUUAUUCCCUCGAAUCACAUCGAAGAGUGGUCUGUUGUUGAUGGACUGAAGAAAAUCACAUCACCAGUUCCGCUGACACCUUCGGCGCAACUACCCAUGUCCCCCGCGCAACUCAGCUUCAUGGGACAACAGCAGGCUCUCCAUGUCCCGUCCGCGCCACCUUCUCUCGAUGGCAGCUUGACCUCUGAGCAGCUGGCAGCAAUGAGCUCUCCGCCCACUCCUGUAAUUGGCAACGACGAAGUCUCCGACGACGAAAACUGGACAGGCGUGCGACUUCAGCCAGGUGCUCUUGCCACUCUUCACACCUUGUCUUCCAACGAUGCCGAGUCCGAAGAUGAAUCUUCUCAGCCCUUGGAGGUGACACAGAUUGAGAUGCGUUCCAACACACCCAUGCAACAGCUUCCAUUGCGCCUCAUGACGGAGCUUUUGCAGCCUCGCCCCAGUACUUCGAAUGCAACUCGCCAGUCCCUUCUAGAGCUGAGCAAGCUGGAUAUUCCUUCUCCUGGCGGUUUCUUCUCCGGUCUGUCCCCAAGAACGCGAACUACAUGGCAUCCGCCGAGCCAGUCUCCGGGAGGCAUGCCGCCGCCUACUUCGACCACUGCAGAACAAUUCUACCGAUGCCCAUGGAAUAUUGAUUCCGACAUUCCGCCUGUUCCCAGUCGACCCGACUCGGCAGAGGGCUUCUAUCGCAUUUCUGGAUUCUCUUCUGAACCUGUAGAGCAGGUUAUCGAGAUCCAUGAUGACGAUGAUGAUGUAGAGGACGAUAUGCCAACAGCUCGUCCAGUUCUCCCGACACCCAAGGCAUCCGAGUUCAACCAAGCCAUCGCAGCUCCCUCAUCUCCCGAUGUCGAAGAUGCUCCCACUGAGAUCGUCGUCGACUACAACCCCGGUUACGCUCGAAAGCAGCAGAAAGCCGCUCUCUCAAACUUCGACCGCACUGAGCUCUGGCUCCUGGCUCAGCGAUCGUAUCUCAAAGGUGUGGACGAGUCUGAUGAUGGUGCUCUUCAGACCAUUGCCGAGACUGUGGACGAGGAGACAGAUGAGCUGGGGAAUCAGGAACAGGCGAUUUUGGAGUCUCAGAAAAAGGUGGUACGCUUUUCCCACAUUCUGCCGACAGUUCAGGCCAAGCGACUUCCGUCGAAGCUUCUUCGCCAAGAGUCAGCAUACUACCGGGCAUUUCAAGACUACAUUGUGCGCACGCAACGCUCGGAUGUGUUUGUCCAUCAGCUCCCACGCUUUGAAGCCCUUCAGGGCCAGCGUAUUGGUCUCCGCGAGACUCACGUGAACCAGCUCCUUGGCAAAUAUCAGUUGAGCGUUGUCCCUCAGUCAGCCAAGAAGCGUCUCAGCGCCAACGUCGUACGUGGCGACCUGAAUCUGACAGACGAUCCUGAGAAGAUUCGGAGGGAAAAGGAGCUCGAGGCCAUGAACCAGAUUGCCAUGCCGUCUUGGCACGUCGCCGCUCUCAAGUUCCUCAACGGCGGACGCCUGAUUCGCGCUCCCGUCACGAAACGGCUAGCUAGAAUUUCCUUGGCUACAGUGAGCAAAGAUGGAAAGGCCCGCGACAAGGCCCGUAUCCUCGACCUCGGUGGACAAGCUACCGGUGAUUGGGCCUGGCACUGUGCUCUUCAGUACCCCAACGCCAAGAUUUACACUGUCACGACCAAGGCCAUCCGUCAGCUGUCCAAUGCCAACAUUCCCGGUCCACCCAACCACCGUCAGGUCGCCGUGCAAAAGUUAAGCCGCUUGCCAUUCCCUGACAACCACUUUGAUCUCAUCUCCGCCCGCGAACUUCACAGCAUCCUCAAGUUUGUUGGUGAAAACGGGGAAGAUGAAUGGGAGACGUGCAUGCGCGAAUGUAUGCGUGUACUGAAGCCCGGUGGCUAUCUCGAGUUCUCCAUCCUUGACUCAGACAUCAUGAACGCCGGUCCUCUUGGCCUCGCAAAGAGCGUAGAGUUUGGCUUCUCCCUCAAAACUCUUGGCUACGAUCCCAGCCCAUCCAAGCUUUGGCUGAGAAGACUUGCGCGAGCUGGUUUCGCCGAAACGCGCCGCGCUUGGGUCUGCCUGCCAAUGGGAGCCAAGCGAGACUUUUACAAGCUACCGGCUGUGUCUAGUACUGAGGGAAAGGCCACAGAGGCGUCUCAGACUCGUCAGAUGGAAGCCAUGACCAUGGGCAGCGCCGGCAGCAUUGCAGGCGUGUGCAGUAUUGUUGGAGGCUGGACUUGGGAGCGCUGGCUGCUGCGGUGCGAGAUGGAAAAGGUCGCAGGGGAGUUGCGCCUGGCCGAUACCGUGACGGCGGGCGAGACGAUGAGAGAGGCAGCCAAGUGCCUCGAGGGGGUUCACGACGUGAUGGAGGAAGGCCGGAGCUGCCGGGCUGGGUUUAGGAUGCUCAACGGUUAUGCACGAAAGCCCAAUCCCGAUUCUGCGUCCAUUGCUAUUGGGUUUUGCGGAUAA